AUGGAUGAAAACCGUCUCCACAGUCCUAAGUCUCCAUCUUCUGCUAAGUGCCGUGCUCCUAUUCACAUCUUCUCCGUCUUGUUCAUCUUAUACAUACAGAUCCAGCUGACUUGGGAGAGGGUAGCAAGUUUGAGUGAAACUAUUUUGGACGCGAGCCAGAUUGCAAAUUUAAAUGAUCAAUAUGUUCUUGGAAAACAGUUGGGGUGGGGGCAGUUUGGCAUAAUUAGGGAAUGCAUGGAUAAGUUAACUGGGAAGGUUCUAGCGUGCAAAUCUAUUGCUAAAGAUAGGUUAGUCACCCGAGAAGAUGUGCACAGCAUCAAGCUUGAGAUUGAAAUAAUGACUAGGCUUUCUGGGCACCCUAACGUAGUUGAUCUCAAGGCUGUUUAUGAGGAGGAAGAUUAUGUGCAUCUACUGAUGGAACUUUGUGCUGGAGGUGAGCUGUUCAACCUGUUGGAAAAGCAUGGGAGGUUCUCCGAGCCUGAGGCCCGUGUUCUUUUCAGGCACCUGAUGCAAGUGGUGAUGUACUGUCACGACAAGGGUGUUGUUCAUAGAGAUUUAAAGCCCGAAAACAUCCUUCUAGCCACAAAUUCUUCUUCUUCUCCAAUUAAAUUGGCAGAUUUCGGACUUGCAACCUACAUCAAGCCCGGACAAAGUUUGCACGGCACUGUUGGCAGUCCAUUUUAUAUAGCUCCGGAGGUCCUGUCAGGAGGGUAUGAUCAAGCAGCUGAUGUCUGGAGUGCUGGUGUGAUACUUUACAUUCUUCUGAGUGGGAUACCGCCGUUCUGGGGGAAGACUAAGUCGCGAAUUUUUGAGGCUGUUAGGGCUGCUGAAUUGCGAUUUCCAUCUAAUCCCUGGGAUUUUAUAUCUUCCUCUGCGAAGGAAUUGAUUAAGGGAAUGCUUUGUGUAGAUGCUUCUAAAAGGCUAACAGCUCAACAGGUUGUGGACCACUUAUGGGUAAGGGAAGAUGUGAAGUUUUCCAAUGAACCUCAUGAAUGUAAGCAAAAUUGUGGAUUGGAUACAGACAAAGGUUGUUUAUCCCCCUUGUUAAUGCAUAGGAAUCAGGAUAUCAGUUUUGGAACUGAGUCGCCUACUAUGGGUGAAGUCCAGUCGCCUUCCUUCACAUGCAGAUCAUCAUUCUCUUCUUACCUGGUGGACCCAUUGACACCUUCAUUUGAACCCGGUGGAUUUUCUUUCUGUAGUAGUGGCGGAUCAAACACACUGGAAUUUUCUACUCCCGUUGUUGCACUGCCAAGCUUUUCGUUCUUCAGCCCAGAUAAUGUGGUUGAACAAGGAAAUGGUGCUUUGGCUCUUGACACGAACCCCUCCAGAGUCAACUUGGUUGAAAGAGAUUUGGAUUUGGGGAAGUUGUUUACAACACCAGAUUCUUCUCAAUGCUUAGAGUGUGCAGCUGGUGUGAUGGACAAAAAGGAAGUUGAGGUUAGAAAAAGCUGGUCUGGCAAGUCUAAGCCAUCAGGUAUCCGUAGCAGAAGAAACCGCACUAUUGGCCUUGGUGAAUUUGAGCAGCUUGAUCUCAUGAUUCAGUGUUUAAAUCCUCAACUUUCUUACAGACUACUCGAUCUCAGAACCAGCAGAAUAUCCCUUCUCUCUUCUUACAAUAAUGUGAACGUAGAACAAAAACAGCAGCCCUGUUCUACCACAAGAUUAACUGAAACAAAAGUACCUAAAUCGGAUGCAUACAGUGUUAAAUUCAAAACUCUAGGAGGCUGCAAACUUGGUAUUUCGAGAUAUCCUGAUUUUGAGUACGAUGCAGAAGGGGGAACAGGAACGGGGACAGGUACAAAAACCACGAAAGAUGAAAUUUCUGUUGAAUUUGACAUAAAAACGUUGUAUAUUCCGCCAUUGUCGACUGCCACUACUAAAUUCUUGGGACUGCCCUUGCCGCCAUUUCUGAGAAUUGAUAUUGUUCCGGAGCUCUUCCAAGGAAGCAUCAAUCAAGAAUCUGGCCUGGUUGAUCUCAAGUUCAAGGCCAAAUUCCUGUUUUCCAUAGGGAGUAUCUACAAAGCUCCACCGUUGAUGGUGGAGACAGUUUUAACUUCAGAAGAAUCAGAUGGAAAGAUCAGAAGAGGAAGAGGGGAGAAAUUGAAUAAAGAAGGGAGGUGCAGUCUAGUUGGGGUCGCAACAGUUGAACCUAUUAAUGACUUUUUCAUGGAUUCAUUCCUUAGCCUUCCUACUGAAUGCCUUGCCAAUUUGAAUGCUACAAUCUCAUUUUCAAGUGCUACUCUAGUUUGA